AUGGACCAGGAGGCCCAGGAGGCCCAGCUGAUUGUCCAUCUUUCAGAAGCAUUUAAUAAGGACGAGGUGUGGCAGCUGGCCGCUGCAGAAGCAUUGAGCAAGGCCACGAAUCUGGAACGUGUGCUAAUUCGCGGUAGCACAGCGGCCAAACAGCUGAAGCUCGUGGAUGUGCUUAUCCGUAAAACCUCGGCGGCUGGCCUCGGUGCGGGGAGCGCGGCUGGAGCCGGCGUCAUCGGCCCCCACGGGGAGAUGGGUGCCGAGUACGGCCUACGUACGCCACGUCAGGCGGGCAGCCGCGGCGCCCCUCCGGAGAAGGAAGGGGUGGCGGUGGCGGUGGCGGCGGGGAAAGUCGGGCGUCGGUCGGCUCAAGCAGACGGAAGAGGCAUUGAAGCCGCCGCCGUCGCCGUCAUCACUGCCGCCAACGAGAACGCGUACGGCAAUUUUUUCGAGUUCCCGGCCAUCAACCCACGAUUCCGGGGGAAGCCGUACAGGUACAUGUACGGCACCGCUGCCAUACGACCGACCAAUAUGGGCAACGCGCUGGCUCGUCACGACCUGGAAAAAGGGAGCAGUAUUGUGUGUUCCAUACCGGGAAGCAUGCCAGGGCAGCCCAUUUUUGUGCCGCGACCCGACGGGUCAACCGAGGAUGACGGAGUGCUGCUGGCCCCGAAGAUCAUGCCGGGCGGGAGAAGCGUAUUGUGUGUGUAUGACGCAGCGGAUAUGAGCGGGCUGGCGAACGUGGACUUGCCGUUUAAGGUGCCGUACCGAUUUCACGGCGCUUACGUGGCAGCGAAGGACUAA